AUGUCGGAGUCCACAGCAGCAGAGUCAACGGAAGCAAUAUCCAUGCACGAUUUCCUCGAGUUCCUGAACGUAACCUGCCAGGUGAACGAUUCCUUCAACAGCAGUAAGAAAAAUCCUCCCACCUUCGACUACAACCAACUGGCACGCAAUGAGUUGGUAAACAGCAUACAGCAAAGUUCACGUACUCCCAGCGGUGGAAAAUCGACAGAUUCCACUGCACUCAUUUCACCCGCAAGAAACACAACCGCCGGUGGUAAAAAGGACACGAAAGGUGAUGAUGCAUCGUCGUCGGGGACGGUGAGCAGCAGCAUACGCUCACCGGCAGACAAGAAACUGCCCGCCAAAAAGCGUACCGUGUCGCAAAAGUCGCAAAAGAGUAAACCCGAGACGGUCGAGGUGCCGAAGAAUCGGCUGGAAACCAUUUUGAACGAAAAGUUGGACGAGGUGCUGAACGAGGGCAUACUGGAUUCGGUGCUACCGUUCAUCUGCCCAUCGAAUGGGUCAGGGUACCAUCACAAAGGUGGCACCGGGCAGAAGUUAAACGUGAACAAUCCGCUCGGAUCCAUCAACGGAUCGAGCUCGAUCGGAGUGGGUUGCUCCAGUGGCGGUAAAUCUGCUACCAGUGGUGCAUCUUCACCAGACACGCAGAGCGGUAGCAGUAGUAAAAAAUCGACCCUUUCGGCUGUGGGGGACGUUUCACAAAACUUUCUUAUAGCCAGCAGCAGCUCGACCAAAACGGGCGUACGGAGAAAAUCAUCCAUCGCACAAAUCGCCAUUCCCGAUAGUCGGGCGGAACCCGAAGUCAUCAUUCACGUGUGUGACGAAGUCAAGGGUUCGUCGCGAGAUUUCUCCUGUCCGCAGAAGCUGCUCAUCACCAAAAUGGGCUACUUUGCGGACGUGACUGCCGGCCAGCGGCUCGAGGAUAUGGACAUUUCCGUGCACUGCGAUCUGCAAAUCUUCGAAUGGCUCAUGAAGUGGGUCAAGAAGGAAUCGGUCGCCCAGGACGAAUGGCCCGCGCUGGAUCCGUCGAACGUGAUACCGAUACUGGUGUCGGCUAGCUUUCUGCAGAUGGAACCGCUGCUGCUCGAUUGCCUUUCGUUCUGUCACGCUCGACUUAACGAAGUCGUGAAGGCUUCCGCAAAUCUGGCCUGCCUGAACGACAGCAUCAUCACGCGGCUAGCGGCCAUGUUUACCAACCUCGAGCUGGAGGUAGUGAAGGACAAGAAGGAUCGCAUCGCACCACGGCUCUGGACCAAGCUCAUCAUGAGCCUGUGCGAUAUCGAACCACAGGCACUGCGCGGCCAUUACGCAACGCUGGCCGGUAUGUUCCGGUGUCUGAAGUGUGGCAAAUUUAUCACCCAAACGGUCAGCUCGUACAUACACUGUUUGCCGCAAAAUUUGCGCCUCAAUCGCUGGGGCCAGCUGAUCAGUGCGCACGUGAAGGAUCCGUCGUGGAACAUAACGAACUAUGUUUCGAGCCUGCACAAAGAGUUGCGCUCCUGGCGGAAGGUGUACUGGCGGCUGUGGGGCCACUGCCAUUUCCUGUACUGUUCGAUCUGUGACACGCACUUCCCGGUGAGCCAGAUGAUGUGGUGCCAGUACCAUCCCGAACAGCCCCAGUUUCUUGGCCCGGCAGCCGAGGGACGGGUGGCGGGCCCGGCCGGACGGUUUCCGUGCUGUGGGAAGCAAGCCUACCGGUAUGAAGCAUUGCCCGGACCUUCGGGUUGCCUAUUUCGCGAACAUACCGUGCAGGUAGACACCGAUCGUGAUCGUGCCGUGUUACAGCUUGCUCUGCACGCUUCCGAGGGCGGUUGUCUUUACGAGCAGCCGCCUUUUAAACCACCAAACACAUCCGCCGAUCCAUGGUGGAGUGGCAUUGGCAUUGUGCCGCAUCGUUCUCGGCAAGGGCUCUUACCAACGUUCCACGUGGACGGUGAUGCAAUGGUGAACCAUCAUCACCAUCACCAUCGCUCGAAUCGCCAAAUGUCACAGUCCGCAAUGGACACGGAAAGUGACUCGGACUCGGAUGAGUAUGACAAGUCCGGCACAAACCAAAGUCGCAGCACUAGCAGCAGCUCCGAUGGGGAGGAAUCGGAGUACAGCAGCCCACCAUCGUUUCACCACCAUCAGCAGCAGCAACAGCAACAUCACCAGCAGCAGCAACAAUCGCAGCAGCAAUCCAAGGACGUUAAGCGCAAACCGAAGCUAUCGUACGGACGGCACUGGGCCGGUGAUAUGUCCGCACGCAGCAAUCAGGACAACCAGCGCGAGUUUGAGGAGCGAGCGAUGAAGCAGAUCAUUACCAUGGUGGGCAAACGGACCGGCGGUGAGCAGAAUUUGCAGUACCAAACGUACCAGCAGGGCGGUACGUACAUAAAGCUCGAAACGGAUUGGCGGGAGUCGAUAAAGCAGAAAAAUUUGGCCAGUCUAAAGAUGAAAGCGAACGGUACGAAAUGA